GAACUCUACAAACUCUACAUCACGGUCUACAUUAUUUGAAAAGAACGCGCUAAAACGCUUUAUAUCCACAGCUGAAACGCAAAGGCCACAGUUCUAGAUGUAAAAUCAAUAAAUACGUGCCGUUUCAUCCGCUCUAGACGAUUAAAAUGGUUUUAUAAUGGAAUUAGAAAUAUAAUUGAUUGGUUUGCGUCAUUGCCAGUCGUAUAAUGAAGCAGUUUGUGGUUAUGAUAUCAGCCGAAUGGAAUAAGUGAUAAGGUACAGAAAAUAAUCUAUUUUUAGUGUACAACCUUCUUCUUUGGCGUUGACACCCUCAAUAUAGAUCGACUGAAGAGAUGGAUUUACUUCGCGCCCUUAUAGUUGUUUCUGAAAAGGCUGCAAAUAUAGCUCGAGUAUGUAGGCGAGAUGAACAUUUGUUCGAGUUAUUAGUUCAGAAGAAAAAGACAACUGAAGCUAAUCCCCGGUUUGUAGAAGAUUUUAAAACAUUAGCAGAUGUACUUAUACAAGAAAUGGUUAAACAUGAUAUUGGAAAACAAUUCAAUGAGUUAUCAGCUAAUAUCAAAGGAGAAGAAAAUAACGUAUUUAAAAACAAAUUAGGAGAAAAAAUAUGUGUAGAAGUAAAACCUAGCGAGGAAGAAACAUCAACUCUGUUAGAAAUUGUAUUAAAUGGGGACCACUUAGCAGCCACAUUGCUAGCAGCGGAAGUUCAUAGAGACUUAAAUAUUGAGAGUAUUAAAACUGAUGUACCUGAAACUGAAUUCAAUGUCAACUUUGAAGAAUUGGGUGUAUGGAUUGAUCCAAUAGAUUGUACAGCCGAAUACGUUCACGGUGGACCUGGAGAAAAUACCAAUAAUAUUCAUAAAAACGGACUUAAGUGUGUUACAAUUUUAAUAGGAGCAUUCAAUAGAACUACAGGAGAACCUGUUAUGGGUGUUAUAAAUAGACCAUUCCUAGACCCUGAAGACUUUCAGCAUUCCCAGCAAUGUGUAUGGGGAGUAUCCCUUCCAGAUUUAAAGUGCAACAGUAGACUGAAUACCAUUUCUAAGACGAAUAUUAUUUGCAUCAGCAGUAGUGAAAAAGAUGACAUUAAGAAGAAGUUAACGAGUCAUGGUUAUACCUUAAUUGAAGCAUCAGGAGCUGGAUACAAGAUUUUAACAGUAAUUUUAGGUUUAGCGGAUGCUUACAUUUUAACCAAAGGUACUACCUUUAAAUGGGAUACGUGUGCGCCGCAUGCCAUAUUAAAAUCACUCGGAGGAGACAUUAUUAACUUUCUUCAAAUAACAUCAUCAGACGAGCCAAAGAGUAUAAAAUAUUUUAACGAAGAAAGUAACUGCAAUUUAGAUGGAAUUAUCGUAUAUCGGGACGAGAACCAAUUAAACGAGAUCGUUAACAUCUUAAAGCUAUAAAGUAUUUUUACUUAAUAAAUGCUGUCUUAAAAUAAUUAAA